ACCACAGGAAGCAAAACAGCUAACAGGCUAACAGCGGUACGACCGUGUGCGGAACAUGCACUUAUAACAGGGUUUUAAAGUUUCUUCUCUCUACAGGUUCAGGCGGCUGCUGUAAAAACUUCAGACCGUUCAUAGGAGACUGUCCAGACCCCUUUUGCUGGAUGUUAGCUAUGUCUUAUCAGUGACUUUGAGGAGGAUGGGAGGAAGCGGGUCCAAGUCGAAGGGGGCGAGCUCUGGUCCUGGAGCAGACACGACCUCUGUGGGGAGUGAGCAGUCUGUGGCACGACUCAAAGAAGCACGAAACGCAACACCUUUUGUCUUUACCAGAAGGAGCUCCUUGUACUUUGACGAAGAUGGUGACCUCGCUCAUGAAUUUUAUGAAGAAACUGUUGUGACCAAAAACGGUAGAAAAAAGUCCAAGUUGAAAAGAAUACAGAAAAACCUAAUACCCCAGGGCAUAAUAAAAUUGGACAUUCCCUGUAUCCAUGUAGACUUUCCCAUCAUUCUUUGUGAAGGCUGAACAAUAGCAAAGGAUUAAGGAUUUAUGUGGGACCCUCCUGCACAGCUUUGCUCAACCCUGUGACUAGAUCUGAGCAAGGACUCAACAGUGCUACAAGUUAUACAUGGAUUUUGUUAUUAGCAGGACUACAUAAAUUAUAUCGUCUUACUUUUUAUUUAUUAAAACAAAGUAGAUGCUGUCUUCCCUCUCAAAAUGUUGUGCACACGGGUUUACAUUGAUAGAGAAUCCUGACAGGUAAAAUGAAAAACAAUAUCUUCAUUAUGGCAUUUCUUAGUGGACAUUAUGUGGAGAGUUUGUGGUCAAAGUUAAUACAUUGGCAAGUGUAAAAAUUGGAAGGAUUAAACUGGAACUAAAGAAGAAAAUCCCCCAAAUUGUUGUUGUGGGGUGGUCCAGAUCUGCAGUGGUCAGUAUCAAAACAGGGUAAAAAGCUCCUGUGGUCAGUUGGUGGUGCGUACAGGUCGUCCUCUUAACCAUCUGAGUUUACAACAACGUCAUUUUGGCUGGCCAGGAAAAUAGUUACAAAUCUUAAAGGUGCCCUAUGUAACUUUUCUUCUGUGGUGUCUGUCACCCGCUUGUCUUCAUGAAGAUGUUACUGCUUAUACUGAAAAGUUCCACAGCAUGGCAUUAAACGUGUCUAUCGUGCCUUUGUUCAUUUACAGUGUUUUAUAUUAGGUGUUUUAUUGUUCAAAAAUACCCAAAUCAAAAGUACCUGCUCACCUUGCUUGUCACUAUGGAGAUAGGCAAGUUUAAAGCCAUACAGUGGAACAUUCCAAGAGGACAGAUACACUAUUUUGGUUUCUCAAUACGGUGAUAAGGGUUUUAAUAGAAAAUGAUGAAGCAAACCACAUUUCAUCUGUUUGAAGAAAACACCUGUGAUGGUCUUCCUUUGUGAAACCUUUGUGAGGUUUUCUUGUACCAGUGUCACUGUCGUGUACUGAAGGGUCAGACCCGCACUAGUGAACAUAGUGUACAGUAAUUAUAAAGUUUUUAUUCUGAAUACUUGAAUAAAUGGUUUGCUGAGCCGCUCACUGCACAGUGCCUCAUUUUUGUUGGUGAAAAGUAAGUUCACGUCUUUAAGUGGUAGUUUGGAGAUUGUGUUAAGUAUAAGCUUGUCGUUAUGACCAAAUUCUGCGCUAUAUUUAGCUGUUUAUGGCUUUUUUCUUAAGUUGUUCUUUUCUAAAUCAGUGAAGUGAAGCCAGAACACAGUGUGUAUGUAAACAUGUUUUAAGAAAUUCAUUCCCAAUAUCUG